AUACGCGUGGCAGAUGCGGCUCAAGGCGGGGAGAGGUCUCGUUGAAUGAGGCGGUAGGUGGCGAGGGGGGGUGGUCGUCAUGGACGUGUAGCCACGCUCACAAGAAGAGGAAGGAAGGAGGUGUGUGGGUCGCGCUCUCCUGUCGUGUAUUUUCAUCUGUUCGUUCCCCCCCUUUUGGAUGGAAUCAUGUCACGAGCGUCCCGGCCUUGCGAAGACGGCAUCAGCGUAAAUACACGGCGGCGAUAGGCGUCUGCGAGGCAUACAAGAAAUGGGUGGUCAGAUCACGCGAAAUGCUUUGUACGACUCCCUCGGUGGCCCUUUCCCAUCCACAUCCCACCGCUGUCAUCACAAACACAAAAGAUGUCUGCCUAUCCAGUGUGGAAGUGUUUGUGGUCCCCUUCCAGCCAGUCCACUUCUCUUUCACCCCAAUGCGAAGGGUUCCCAAAUUGUCAUGGACCUUGCCCAGAAGAUAGUCAAGAGGCAGGGGAGUUUCUGCAAUGCCAUCACUUUCAGCAACAGGCCCAUAGCCCUGUACGAGCAAGUCCGACUCAAGAUUACUAAAAAGCAGUGUUGUUGGAGUGGAGCUCUGCGUCUGGGGUUCACCUCCAAAGAUCCCUGCAGGAUCAACCCAGACAGCUUGCCAAAGUACGCCUGCCCAGACUUGGUGUCCCAAAGCGGCUUCUGGGCGAAGGCUCUACCUGAAGAGUUUUCUAAUGAGGGGAAUGUUAUCGCCUUUUGGGUUGACAAGAAGGGCCGUGUGUUCUACCGCAUCAACGAGUCCAGCCCCUUGCUAUUUUUCAGCGGCGUCCGAACCAGCGAACCCCUCUGGGCUCUAAUUGAUGUUUACGGUCUGACCCGUGGAGUGCAGCUGCUAGACAGUGAGAUCGUUCCUCUCGACUGUUUGCGCCCUCGUUCUUUCACAACGGUGCGCUCCUCCUCCUCUCUCUGCCGAGGGGCGGACGACUCCCGUCUCUCCGUUAGCCUGUGCGACCUCAACGUUCGGCAGGAGGAAGGAGGCAACUCCCACGCGCACCAUCACACCCUCCACCUGGCCUCAACCUCCUCCAGCUGUCCGAUCCCCCAGAACUCGCUCAACUCGCAGCAAUCAUCUUUGUUGCCGUCCGUCAUCGAGAGCGAUCUCCACUUCCACCAGUUGCGCGGCGCCCAUAUCAAGACGCUCGAUGAACAGACCGUGGCGAGAUCCGAGCAUUCGCGGGAGGAGCGCACGCUCGUCUUUACCAACCGCCCUCUACAAACCGGAGAGUGUGUGUACAUCAAAGUCACCAAAUCCAGUCCGGCCCGCUCAGGUUCCUUGUCCUACGGUGUGACAUCGUGCGACCCGGCUGUGCUUCGCCCCAGUGAUCUGCCAUAUAAUCCGGAGGCUCUCGUGGAUAGGAAGGAGUUUUGGGCGGUGUGUCGGGUGCCCACCCCUCUACAGAGCAGUGACAUCCUUGGCUUCUUGGUCAACCAAGAAGGGGAGGUCAUAUUAAGCCACAACGGCACCAACGUUGGCAUGCAAGUCUGCGUGGACAACUCGCGCCCACUCUGGAUGUUCUUCGGCCUACAUGGUGCCGUCACUCAGUUGAGAAUUCUGGGCUCCACUCAUGUUGGCGACUCACGGGCCGGGUCGAACCCCAGUUCGCCCUCCUCGUCACCACAAACUCCAAGUGCCCUGGGCAGCAGCAGCUCGGAUACCGUUCUCAACCGAGGCAUGUGCUUGGCAGCUUACGUAAACAGAAGCGGGGGAGGAACAACUCUGAAUUCUCCAGUCAGCCUGCCCAAGUCACCCACAUUUCCAACGGAUCGCGGGCCUCGCUCCGAUGAGUGCUCCAUCUGUUACGAGAACACAGUGGACACGGUCAUCUAUGCGUGCGGACACAUGUGUCUCUGCUAUAGCUGUGGCCUGAAGCUCAAGAAAAUGUCCAACGCCUGCUGUCCCAUCUGCAGAAGGCAGAUUAAAGACAUCAUCAAAACCUACCGAAGUACCUAAGAGCACACGAUUGAGGACCGCAAACUCCCCAGAGUAGGGAAUUGUUUCAUUUUGAACCGUUUGUUGGUCGAAUCUGAAUCCGAACUCCAAUUGGGGUACAGUACUGCUCGUAUGUGCUCUCGCACAGAGGCAGCACUUGAAGGGAAACAAAACACAAUACACGCCACAAGUGUUCCCACCUCAACACUCUGAAUUCUGGAGGGGAACCACAAAAAACAACUUGAUCAAAUAUUUCAUUUGUUGAGCCAUGCCCCGCCCCAAAGCGGGGACUGCGCUCAAAUGGUCUGAAUGUUUCUUUCUCAACACGGCGUGGAAUUUAGUCAACCGGUGAA